CCGCCUGCUGGCCUGAGGAGGGCGGAGGAAGGCCGGGGCAGGCGGGGAGGGCCCGGUGGGCUGGGAGCCGCUCAGAGCCGCGGUGCCGGCGGCGGAGAGCGGGCUGUCGGGGCAGCAUGGGGCAGCGGCGGCCCCACGAGGAGCGCUGCUCCUGGAGCAACACCGACUGCGUGGAGCGGCCCCUCAAGCGCCUCUUCGAAGGGCUGGGCCGCGUCGUGGCCGCCUGCCCCUGGCCCUUCAUGCUGGUGCCGCUGCUGGUGUCGGGCGGGCUGGGCGCCGGCUUCAUCUUCCUGCCCAGCCUGCAGGAGAACGACAUCGAGGAGCAGUUCACCCCGACGAACGGCCUCGCCAAGGUCGAGCGCGACUUGGUGCGGCAGCACUUCCCCACCAACGACUCGCAGUUCUUCGCCCAGCGCCUGGCCACCGAGGGCUCCUACGCCGCCCUCAUCGCCGUGGCGGCGGGGGACGGCUCGGUGCUGAGCCCCGAGGCGUGGCGGGAGGUGCAGAAGCUGAACGAGACGGUGUACAGCCUCGGCUACGAGGAGCACUGCGUCUCCGCAUUCGGCAGCUGCGUCCGCCCUAACCCCGUGGCGCAGCUGGGCCCGCUCCGCUACCCCGGCGGCGACAGCAGCCCCUUCCUGGGGACCGCGCUGGGCGGCGUGAGGACGAACGGCAGCGGCUACGUGGAGUCGGCCCGGGCCGUGAAGCUGCUCUACUACCUGCGAGAGUACGGCGACGAGGCCGAGAAGAGCCGGGUCUGGCUGGAGAACUUCCUAGGGAACUUCUCCCGGGUGCUGGCCGACUUGAAGCUGACGACCGUGCAGGUGACUUACUUUACCUCGCUGUCCAGGCAGCAGGAGUUCGAAGGAAACACCAAGAGCGUGAUCCCGCUCUUUUCCGUGACUUACUUCCUGACGAUAACCUUUUCGAUCGUCUCCUGCCUCAGACUGAGCUGUAUAAGGAAUAAUGUCUGGCUUGCAUGCUGUGGAGUGGUUUCUUCCGGGCUAGCUGUAUUAAGCAGCUUUGGAUUGUUGAUGUUCUGCGGAGUGCCUUUUGUGGUCACUGUAGCAAAUGCACCGUUUCUUAUCCUAGGUGUUGGUGUUGAUGACAUGUUCAUCAUGAUCGCUUCCUGGGAACAAAGUGCAAGAAAGACGGACACUAAAUCUCGUCUGGCUGACACCUACAGCGAAGCGGCGCUGUCUGUGACAGUCACCACUCUCACAGAUGUCUUGGCCUUCUUCAUUGGCACCUGGACUACUUUUCCUUCUGUGAAAUCAUUCUGCCUCUAUACCGGCACUGCUUUUAUCUUCUGCUAUAUAUAUACCAUGACCUUCUUUGGGGCAAUUAUUGCUCUGAACGAUAAAAGGGAGCAAGCAAACCGUCACUGGUUAACCUGUAUGCCAAUGGAGCAAGGAAAGACGUCCUGUUUGUAUAACGCAUGUUGUAUAUGCGGCUGUUCUAGUGAGUCAUCUCAGCUUAAAACCAAUGAGACAGAGAGUGAACAUCCAAUGAGCCUAUUUUUUAAGAAGUAUUAUGGUCCUUUCUUGACAGAUAAAUGGACCAAGCUAGUUGUGGUGUUGCUGUAUGGAGCAUAUUUGGGUGGCAGUAUUUAUGGGUGUACUCAAAUAAGGGAGGGCAUAGAUCUUCGUAAUCUGGCUAGUGAUGACUCUUACGUUAUUCCAUACUAUGACGAUGAUGACAAAUACUUCUCAGAAUAUGGACCUAGGGUCAUGGUUGUUAUUAAUAAGAAUGUAAGUUACUGGGAAGAGCCUCUUCGUGAAAAGAUUGAGACGUGCAUGGAGGAUAUAGAGAACAUUUCCUAUGUAGAUAAGAACCUCACAGAGUCAUGGCUGAGAGCAUACAUAGCAUAUGCUAAAAAAUCUUCCUUAAAUAUUAGUGAUAAUGUUACUUUCAUGAAUAAUUUACAUGCACUGUUCCAAUACUAUCCCAAUUUUCAGUGGGACAUUAACAAGACUAACAAUGACAUAACAGCUUCACGUUUCUUUGUCCAGACGGUGAACGUUACAUCAGCCAUCGAUGAGAAAAAUCUUUUAAAUCAGUUAAGAGAAAAAGCUGAGAAAUGCAGUAUUCCACUAAUGGUGUACCACCCAGCAUUCAUAUACUAUGACCAAUACCUGGUCAUAGUGGAUAACACCAUUCAGAAUGUUGUCAUUGCUGCUGCGGCGAUGCUCGUUGUCUCUCUUUUCCUUAUUCCCAACCCGCUUUGUUGCUUGUGGGUGACCUUUGCUAUAGCUUCUGUUAUAGUUGGUGUUGCUGGUUUCAUGACAUUUUGGGAUGUGAACCUGGAUUCCAUAUCCAUGAUCAACCUGGUCAUUUGUAUAGGAUUUUCGGUAGAUUUUUCUGCUCAUAUUUCCUAUGCCUUUGUUACGAGUAAGGAGUCAUCAGCAAACAAAAAAGCGAUAGGAGCUCUGCACCAGCUAGGUUACCCAGUAUUACAAGGUGCAGUUUCUACUAUAUUAGGAGUAGUUGUCCUGGCUGCAGCAAAAACCUACAUCUUUAGAACAUUUUUCAAGAUCAUGUUUCUCGUUAUUUUGUUUGGGGCUGUUCAUGGUCUUGUUUUCAUUCCAGUAUUUUUAACCUUUUUUGGACACUUUGGCAGUACUAAAAUUCAAGAGAUUAGGUAUAGAAAUAACAAAGACUGUCCAUGAGUUAAACGUAAAAUAUUAUAUUAUAUAUUAUAUGUAGGUUAAAAUGCAGUGGCUUUCAGGGAAUAUAAGAAAUGAAGGAUAGAACAAUAAAACAGAGAAGCAAAGGCUUAAGAAAAGCCUAGCAGCAAAUAACAGAAGGUAUGAAAGCGCACAGAACAGAUUACAUUUCCUCUCUUUUUGUGUGCUUGACUUUGUAACCUUGAUGUUGUUAAACCUUUUUUUGUGAAUUGUUUACUGAAUGUAUUGAAAUUUAAUUAUUAUGAACACUGAAUA